AUGCCUCGGUAUGAUGAUAAGUAUGGAAAUACCCGCCUGUAUGUAGGACGCUUGUCUUCGAAUACUCGUUCCCGUGAUCUCGAGCGUGUCUUUAGCAGAUAUGGAAGAGUUCGAGGGGUGGAUAUGAAGAAUGAUUUCGCCUUUGUUGAAUUUAGCGAUCCUCGAGAUGCUGAUGAUGCUAGAUAUAACUUGGAUGGCCGCGAUGUUGAAGGAAGUCGCAUUAUUGUGGAAUUUGCCAAGGGGGGUCCUCGUGGUUCCCGGGAAUACAUGGGUCGGGGUCCACCACCUGGAUCUGGACGAUGCUUUAACUGUGGCAUUGAUGGUCAUUGGGCCCGUGAUUGCAAAGCUGGGGAUUGGAAAAACAAGUGUUACCGCUGUGGUGAAAGAGGUCAUAUAGAGAAGAACUGCAAGAACAGUCCCAAAAAGUUGAGCAGACGUGGACGCAGUCCUUCUCGUUCACCUGUCAGGUCACGAUCUCCUCGACAUAGCCGAAGGGAUCGAAGCUAUAGCCGUGACCGCAGCUACAGUCGAUCGAGAUCUCCUGUUAGGAGAGAACGAAGCCCAGUUUCUGAAGAUAGAUCACGGAGUCCUCAGCCCUCUAAGAUAAGGAAGCAUAGUGCAUCACCUGAACAUGGCAGCCCGCAAAAGAGAGGUGACCCAUCUCCUGGUAAUGAUAGGUUAGUAAAUCAGCGAGAUGGGUCUGACUAUAGUGAUGGUCCUAGAGUGAAGAGUAGAAGCCCUGCUAGCCCUGCGAGGGACCGGGAUGUGAGGGGCUAUGAUAGCCCUAAAGCUAAUGGCCGUAGUGGCAGUCCCAGCCGGAGUCCUAGGGAUGAUGACAGGAGUCCCAUUGAUGAAGAUGAUGACAACCACCGCCGCUCUCAGACACCUUAG